GCGCCCGCAAGAUGGCGGGCGGCUGCCCCGGAAGCGCUCGGGGCGCGGGGAGGCCGCCAACAUGGCGUGGCGGUGCUGGGCCCGCGCCUGGGGACCGCGGGCGCACAGAGUCGCUGUGCUGCUGGAGCAGCCGCGCGGGUUCCGCCGGGCGCGGCCCCGCGCCGAGGAGCCCCCCGGUGCCGGUGCCGCCGCCGAGGCGCAGCCCGGCCCCCCGCCGCCGCGGCGCAGCCUCUGCCCCCCGCCGCAGCAGCCGCCGGCCCGCGCCCACCGCCCCUCGCCGCGGCGCCUCGUGAAGCCGCUCGUCUUCGCCGUCGGGUUCACAGGCUGCGCCUUCGGCUCCGCCGCCAUCUGGCAGUACGAGUCGCUGAAGUCUCGGGUCCAGACCUACUUCGAGGAGGCGCGGGCGGACUGGAUGGAUAAGAUACGGCCUCAGAAAAGGGGGGACUUCAGAAAGCAGGUUAACAGGUGGUGGAGUAGCCUGACUGAGGGUCAGCGGACUGUGACAGGUAUUAUAGCUGCAAAUGCCUUUGUAUUCUGUUUAUGGAGGUUGCCUGCUAUGCGACGGAUUAUGUUUACAUAUUUCACCUCAGAUCCUUCCUCCAGAGUCCUGUGUUCUCCCAUGCUGCUCUCUACAUUUAGUCACUUCUCUCUUUUCCACAUGGCAGCAAAUAUGUAUGUUUUAUGGAGUUUUUCCACCAGCAUAGUCUCUCUUCUGGGAUGUGAGCAGUUCAUAGCAGUGUAUCUUUCUGCUGGGGUUAUCUCCACUUUUGUCAGUUAUGUUGCUAAAAUGGCCACUGGAAGAUUUGAACCAUCCCUUGGAGCUUCGGGAGCUAUAAUGACUGUCCUUGCAGCUGUAUGUACAAAGAUGCCAGAAGCAAAGCUAGCCAUCAUCUUUCUUCCAAUGUUUACAUUUACAGCAGGAAGCGCUUUAAAAGCCAUAAUUGCAUUCGACACUGCGGGGCUUGCUCUGGGCUGGAGACUUUUUGACCAUGCUGCACAUCUUGGAGGAGCUCUAUUUGGAAUGUGGUAUGUGACGUACGGCCAUGAGCUUAUAUGGAAGAACAGAGAACCACUGGUGAAAGCUUGGCAUGAAAUGAGGACAAAGAACCCAGGAAAAGGAGGAGGUGGAAGACCUAACUGAUUUUAAUCCUAGAGGUUACUUAUGCCCAAGUGGUAUAUUACUUGAAGAGAUGGGAUUGAAUUAGUUUUGAAGGCCGUUUGCUACUCCACAUUAAGCCUCUCAGGAGCUGAAGUUUCUAAUGUAAACUACAGUUACGAAAAAUGCAAAUCCAUAGAAAAUGAACUCCGACAAAGGUGGAACAAUAAAGGUUUAUAUCCUAUUGCUCUUUAAGGUAACAGUGUACAUUACCUUUUUUUUUAAGUGGGAAUAAGAAAACGUUCCAGUGAAGUGGCUGGAUGCUCAGUCAAAAAAAAAAAAACAACUUAAAUUUGGCACAACUUGUUAAUACUUAGGAAGAUAAACAGUUGAAAAAAAAAAAAAACCAAGGGAGUUAAUGGAUUGUCCAUCCCCUGACGUCUUCCAGUGAAGACUAGAUGCUUUUAUAAAAGGCAUGUUUUAGACAAAUUGGACUAAGUUCAGUGGUCUUUAUUGAGAAGAUUGGAUGAGGUAAGCCAGUGGUCUCUUCUGAUAAUAAACUUGAAAUACAUGAAGCAAUACUGGAUUGGUUGUGCAGUUAGCUAAAGCUACAUGAUGGUUAAUGGUCCAGCUUUAUUUAUCUGGCUAGGGCUUUUUUAAAUUUCCAUCUGCUUCCAAGACAACAACACACCUUGUUGUUAGAAUUUAUCACAAAGAUAUCUUUUUUUCCUAAUUGCAUCUAGCAGAAGAAUGACUUUUAUUGUGGUUUUGGAUGUUUUUAUCAUGAAUUAUACUGCUUUGUGUAUCUCUUUCA